AUGAACAAUGCAGGACCAUUCAUAACUAAUGGUCCACCAUUGUAUGUCAUGACUUUAGCAACAGGGGAGACAUUGCAGUUUUUUUCCUUAAAAUUCCCUCCUAAACUUGGAGAACAAGAUUGUUGGCAGCACAUCUCAUCAAAACUGAAAGACUCAGCGACCUCUUCAUUACCUGGCUGUAAGAACCCGUUCACACCAAGCCGCCCCGAGGGUCGGCGGUUCCAAGGGAAAAGUAUUGCACCCUACAACAACCUUCUUAUUGCUUUAAACAUUUCCAACAUGUGCUUCACCGUUUUCACGUCUGUCCAAUUUCUGAUGUACUUUCUUUGGCCAUCGUUGGGUUUAACUCACACCUCAAGUGUUUUGAACUAUUUGAUAUUUAGCAGCAUUGCUUCCAACUCCUGGCUCACUGCUGGUCUAUGUUCCUUCUAUUUUAUAAAAAUUGUUCAGUUCCAGUCCAGAUUCCUUGUGUGGCUGAAGACGAUGAUGGACAGAAGAAUGCCUAUGCUGAUAAUAAUUGUGGAAAUUCUUGGUCUGUUCGAGAGUUUCACUGCAUUAUAUAUUUUCAAUCAGGAUUUAUCCAAAAACUCAACCAUCACCGCCACCGAGGUGGCCUCAGAACAAAACACACUGAGGAUGAAAUUCAUGGGUGCUGUCCUGACGGUGACUUCCCCACCAUUCCUGAUUUCUAUAUUUACAACAGCUGCCAGUGCCGUGUCCCUGAAGCUGCACAACGAUCGGAUGAAAACAAACAUGGGCCAAACCAAAGUGAGGGAUUACCAAAGUGCGGUUCAGACCAUGGCAGGCCUUGUCGUUUUUUAUGCCUUGAUUUACUUUGUUAUGAUCUUAUAUAGCCAAAAAAUAUUUGAAGAUCUAAGUUUGGGGUACUGGAUCUGUGUGGUCAUACUUUCAGCUUUUUCUGUGGUUCAGUCCGGUCUCCAUAUCAUUGGAAACCCCAAACUCAAAGAAACUUUGAGAAAAAUCUUCAUCUUUUCAUAA